GUGUUGAACUCAUUUUUUUACUGAACUUAAUCUCUCAUUGAGUCAUUUUUGGUCUUUUUGCUGCAUUUGGAUGAUUGUACAGAAGUUUGAAGGUUGUGCUAAACUCCCUCAUGUAGCUUCAUUAGUUAUUAGAAGAACAGCCAAACACAACCAUCAAAAGUAGAAGCCUCAUCAAAUAUUGCACCCGUGGUAUGCGCAGCGAGUUUUCACGAUGCUCAUUACGGUGUUCAUCAGAGAUAGAGACGUACCAUGAAGUCCAUCUACUGGAUUUAAUCCAUUUAGUCCAUCUACUGCGUUUUAUUCGAUGCCCUGGGCUGCUACACCCUUUCCUCCUCUGAAUUUGAUGACAGCAUGCAAACAGCACCACGCUCUCUCUCUCUGUGCUCAGUGGGCUGAAGAAAGGAAGUGGCCCCUGCUUGAUGGAAUCAUUCGAGUCUGCUGUUUUAAGUCACUCGUUGCUGGAAGCAGGCGAGCCAUGGCGGCCUGGUAUUCUGCUGCUGUGUUUUUGGCCGUGCUGACUUUCUGUAAACCUUCAUCUCCAGAGCCAUACAACAUAAUGAAUUUAAGAUAUUCAAGAGAUCCAGUGGGGAGAACAGAGGGACAGUCUUUGACUCUGAAAUGCACAGUGGAGUACGACAUAAACCAGUGUUUAGGCCUCAGAAAUGAUUGGUUUUUGGAAAAUAAACAGGAACUGAUGAAUCCUCAUGCGUACCUGAUCCGUAUCAAUGAGACUAAAAUGUCUAAUAAUCCUGAAUUCAGACGGCGGGACGUAACCAUUACAUUUAAGCGCCUGUUUCUCAAUGACUCUGGCUUAUAUCAGUGUGUUGGAAAAUGUGCAGAUGGACCUUCAGCCAUGGGACAUCUCAUUAACCUCACAGUCACAGAAAAGAAGGACGACCUGCUCGCCAGCGAUCUGAACAGGAGUGAUCGAGACACUGCUGAUAUAAUUCUCCUGAUACUCAGUGGCUUCAUUCUUUCAUGGAUGCUGUUAAUGUGACUCCUGCAGGGAGGCAUUUAUCUGAACACCAGAUAUGACAUUAUGCUACAGAUACCCAAGUACAGAUAUCCAUGAGUUUAUCUCAAAGUAAAGGACUUUUAAUAAACAAAUAUGUAAUGUGUAAGAAAAUGUGCAUUAAAAUGACAAAAAUACAGUUUAUUAAAAUGUGCGGUGUGAUUAUUUUAUGAAGCAAUACUGUAUGUGUGGAAUACAUGAACUAUCUGAUUUUAAACAGCUUUUGGAUUAUAAAUUCAAACAAUACUAACUAAUGAAAAAAAGAGUUUUUUGUUUCAAACAAGUAACAACAGUUUUUUGUAAUUCUUCUGAAAAUCACUGUUAUCUGAGUAUAUCACUGUCAAAUACAGUUUAUAACUACCAGAAAAAAAUUAAAUAUAAUGUAACAAUGCAACAAGCAGGGUUGCCAAACAUCUGUACAUCAUAUUUUGUGAUUUAAUUUUUUUUCACAAUAGAGUGUUCCCAUGAUGCUUUGGGGUUUAUUUGGGAUUUGCAUUUGGUUAGAAGUGUUUGGAAUUAGUUUUAUUAAGCAUGGUAAUUUUGUGUUCUUUAUAGCUUCAUGAGAUGUUUUGUUGAGGUUUUGGUUACAAUUUUAAUCAAAUUUACUCUAACGGGU